AGGCGGCGGCACGCGAGCCGGGCCCCUCGCCACGAAACAAGGAGGCGCUCCCGAAAACAGUCUGGCGCCCCUUGCGGCCCUUUGUCAAAAAUGCUCAUAUACCGCAUGGAGAACUCUUUGAUUGUCCUCAGAUCGUGUUGGAAGACAUCACCUCGUCCGCAUUCCUAUACCCAUUCCUCGCUACCAACACUCUUCCGUUUAGAAGAUGGUUUCCUCAAAAGACCUUGUGUUUAUCACUGGUGCAACGGGCCAUGUCGGCUCAUGUACCCUGGUCCACCUCCUCCGGGCGGGUUACCGCGUCCGGGCCGCCGUCCGGUCGGAAGCAAAAAUGGCGUCGGUGUUGGCGCGGCCGCAGAUUCAAGCGCUAAACCCACAAUCCCGGCUCACAUUUACCAUCGUGCCCGACAUCACUGUUCCUGGUGCAUAUGAUGCUGCCGUCGAGGGAGCGACACAUAUUAUCCACAUCGCCUCGCCGUUGGCCUCGGGCGGGAACAACGUCCCGCUCAGCCAACAUGAUGCGCACUUCAUCCAGCCAGCAGUCCGCGGCACCCUAAAUUUGCUGGAGGCUGCAUAUCUUACUGGCACCGUCCGACGGAUUGUCAUCACCAGCUCCUUUGUUGCCCUCGUGCCAAUGGACGAGCUUGAAGGGACAAAAAAGCGCGACCCACGCCGGCCGGUCUCACCGUGCGAUCGCAUCCCCUUCACGCCGGGCCCGUACAAGUCCGAGUUCCACGCAUACGCCGCAUCCAAGGUGGCAGCGCUGCAGCAAGCCGAGGCUUGGAUCGAUCAAGUACGGCCGCCGUUUGACGUCGUGUUCCUGCAUCCGGGAUUCGUAUUGGGCCGCAACGACAAUGCCACGACGGCGUCGCAAGUCAUGCAGGGGACCAACUCGGUGGUAUUGGCUCUGCUGCUCGGCAAGCGAUUUGGGCCGUACGCCGGCGCCACCGUGCACAUAGAGGAUGUGGCGCGAGCCCAUGUCUCAGCCCUGGACCCGUGGGUCCUUGGGAACCAGAGCUACAUCCUAAGCCAGCCAGCGCGAUGGGACGACGCAAUUGAAAUUGCCAGGCAGUCGUUCCCGGAGGCCAUGAAGGCCAAGAUCCUCGUGUCGGGAGGCAGCGUCAAGACGACACGGCUGCCCAUGGAUGCGAGUUUGACCGAAAUGACGUUUGGCUUCCGGUUUGCAAGUUACGAGGAACAGGUCAAGAGCGUUGUCGACCACUUCCUGGAGUUGAGGCUGCGGAAAAAAAUGCUGUUCUCAGGGGCGCGUACCAACCCGCCGGCACAGCAAGAAGUUGUCAUGAACGUGAGCGCCAUUGCGUGAUAGCGAUUGAAAUCGUGGGGAUUCGAGGGGAUUUGGUGGUGCUGCAGGCAAUUGACGAUAGCGUGUUUUUGGGGGUUCCAGGUGCGGGCUGCUGCAGUACUUUCUUAGAAGCCGCGUCCUGGAGACGCUGGGAAGGCGCAAGCGUCGGAUGUAAUCAACAACAAGAUACCCGAUCGAUAGAUCUUAUUAUUUCUCUUCACUGAAAACAUCGAAUACUAUAUUGUACAACCCAAAAAACCUUACUCCUUCCUUUUACUGUCAUUCAUGACGAGUUGGUCAAAGGUACCUUUGGAAUUACAGUAGUUGAAGAAUACGGAGUACCUUCACUUGACCUCAACAAUUGCAUUUCCGAGGUGCUUGAUCACUUCGCCGAUAAGAUAAG